AUGGCGAAAUUCGACCUACCGGGUGUGUGGAGGGAUUUCAAGGCCCAUCGUAGGGCUUACGUCCUCACUGGAGUCGCAUCUUUUGGCGGCAUGCUCUUCGGGUGGGACACCGGACUUAUUGGAGGUGUAUUGACCAUGGACGCAUUUCAACACUCUUUCAACCUCGACUCAAGGAGCCCCAAAUUCGCCAGUCUACAGGGCAAUAUUGUCUCCGUGCUCCAAGCUGGCUGCUUCUUCGGCGCGCUCGCAUCUUUCUACGUUAGCGAUACCUUUGGGCGCAAACGGGCUCUCAUUGUCGCGGAUAUCAUCUUCAUCAUCGGCUCGCUUAUACAGACCCUGUGCGCUCUUGGAACUACAAGUCUAUCUCAGCUUUACGUCGGCCGUGUCAUUGGAGGAUUUGGCGUGGGCUUGAUCUCAGCUGUCGUUCCUACAUACAUUGGCGAAAAUGCGCCAAAGGAGAUCAGAGGACGAUGCAUCGGAUGCAUGCAACUCUUCAACGUUACCGGUAUAUGUCUGUCAUUCUUCGUCAAUUACGGCAUUAACCUCGACAUCACGAGCCCUACCAACUCUGCAAAGUGGCGCGUUCCGUUUGCCCUCCAAAUGCUGCCGGGUGUGCUGCUGUUGGUAGGCAUCAUCUUCCAGAACGAGAGUCCACGCUGGCUCGUCGAGAAGAACCGGAUCACAGACGCUGCCAAAGCAUUGGCAUAUGUUCGCGGCAGGUCCGUUGAAGACCCCCAGGUCAUUCAAGAGCUCGACGAGAUUCUUGCUGAUUUCAACGGCCAUGAGAAGCUACCGAUGGUGGCUCAGCUUAAAGCUGCUUGCUCGGGAAAGCGCAUGCUCUACCAGUCCUCCUUUGUCGUCCUCCUCAUGUUCUGGCAGCAAUGGACGGGUACCAAUUCAAUCAACUAUUACGCGCCGCAAAUUUUCAAGCAGAUUGGGCUCACUGGCGGAUCGUCUGGUCUCUUCGCGACGGGUGUCUACGGAAUCGUAAAGAUUGUGGUUACGGCUAUCGGCCUGAUGGCUUUCACAGAACAGUUGGGACGCAAGUGGUCCCUAAUCAUCGGCUCCGUUGGCCAAGCCUUCGCAAUGUUUUAUAUUGGAGUGAACAUGGCAGUCCACCCACCAAAGGGCGAACUCGAUGGCAACUCCAUCUUCGCCAUUGUGUGUGUCUACCUGUUUGUUGUGUUCUACUCAUUUGGCUGGGGACCAACGCCGUUUAUCCUGAGUUCCGAAUGCAGUCCCAACCACGUUCGAUCGCUGCUUAUGGCGGCAGCUCUCGGGACCCAGUGGCUCUUCAACUUCAUUAUUGCGAAGAUCACACCACUGAUGCUCGCGGAUAUUGGCUACGGCACCUUUCUCCUCUUUGGUUCACUGUGCAUAGUCAUGUGCGUCUGGGUCAUGUUCUGUGUGCCUGAGACCAAGGGCGUGCGACUCGAGUCCAUCGGUGAACUGUUUGAGGGCAACAUCAUCAAGGGGUGCCUUCAAGAUACCUUCCCGAGCAAGUCGCGGGCGAGGCAGCUGAGAGAUGCCCAUGCUGCGGAUGAUUUGGAGUCUGUGGAUGGCGAUGGAGCCAAGAAGGGCACGCGGGUGGAGCGGAUUGAGAAUGUCUAA